AUGCCCGGGAACGACAACGGGAGCACGCGUGAGCGAGAUGAACGUAUAAAACAUCUCUGGGAGUCUCUAGACACACGGGGAGAGGGGCAGAUUGAUUUCAAGGGGUUCAAAAAGGGGCUGAAGAAGAUUGACCACCCCCUGAAAAACGCCGACGACCUGCUACAUGAUAUUCUCAAGGCGAUCGAUACAAGCCAGGAUGGCCAGAUACAGUAUACUGAGUUCCGUUCGUUUGUACAACAGGCUGAGAAACAGCUGUGGCAGCUCUUUCAAGCUAUUGACCACGACCGUAAUGGCCAUCUCGACAAACAGGAACUGAAAGAUGCGUUUGCAAAGGCGGGCUUGACCGUUCCGAGCUCCAAGAUAGACCAGUUCUUCGCCGAUGUAGAUACAAACAGCGAUGGGGUCAUCAGCUUCGAGGAGUGGAGCUCGACAGAGAUUUCCUCCUCUUCCUCCCUGGCACACAUAACCUUCGCUCAGUCAUAUCUUACUACUCCUCAGCCGGCACGCUCAGCCCUGAGGGAGAUGUGCACAUCAAGACACUACAAGGAUCAGGUACAGCUCCUCUCCUCUUUCCUUACUACCCAUUCUGCCGCAGAGCCAGCCCCAGCCAUCCCCAUGAACACCAUCCCCUCCCCCACCCUCCCUCCUCUCGCCCGAUCCAGACCAGACCAACACCAAGACUUUAUGUUUGCGCCUCCUUAUAACGACCACCACAAAAUAGAUCAGGGAUUAGAAGUGGAACUAGAGUUCAUCACCGUCCCUUCCCUCGUCAGAAUAUGGCUGUCAUACCGCUACCUAGAAGAAGUAUUGACCGAAUCCACACCCCAUGUAGGCUACUUUCUUGCCGGCGGGAUGGCUGGUGUUGUCUCCCGAACCGCUACCGCGCCUUUCGAUCGGUUGAAGGUCUAUCUCAUUGCACAGACGCAUACUGGUAGCGUACAGGGUGCGGCCGUCAACGCGGUCAAGGCAGGUGCGCCGGUUAAGGCUGUGGGGUGGAUGACUUGGCCUAUCGUCGAAGCCACCAAGGAGCUAUGGCGUGCUGGAGGGAUCAGGAGUAACGGCUUGAACGUGGUCAAGGUCAUGCCAGAGUCUGCUAUCAAGUUCGGUGCAUACGAAGCUUCAAAACGUUUUUUUGCCAGCCUCGAAGGUCACGGCGAUACGAAGAACCUGCUCCCUAUCUCACAAUUCCUAUCUGGCGGCAUUGGUGGCAUGAUUUCCCAUCGCAUGCAAUGCGAGACUGUCCAAGGUGGCCUCCAUGGUAACCAACUCAUCUACUCCACUGCCUCCAAAAUGUGGCAAACAAAUGGCAUAUCAGGCUACUUCCGCGGUCUCCCUCUCGGUCUACUGGGAAUGUUCCCAUUCGCCGCCAUUGACCUAAUGACAUUCGAAUACCUAAAAUCAACCCUUGUAACCCGCAAUGCGCGCCUAGCUCACUGCCACGAAUCAGAUGUGCAGCUGAGCAAUUUCACUACCGGGGCUAUCGGUGCAUUCAGCGGUGCACUGAGUGCUUCCAUUGUCUACCCUCUGAACGUGCUGCGUACGCGUCUCCAGGCACAGGGCACUGUGCUCCAUAAGCCUACUUAUACCGGCAUCGUGGAUGUUACCGUACGAACGGUGCGGAGUGAAGGCGUCUACGGUCUCUUUAGAGGGCUGACGCCCAACCUGCUAAAGGUUGUGCCAUCGGUAUCGAUCAGCUAUAUCGUCUACGAGAAUUCGAAACGGCUGUUUGGGCUGCCAUAA